AUGGAUAAUAAGGCCGAAAAUGUAGAUAAAUCUGAUACAUCUACUCAAGCAACACCAACAACAGCUGAUCAACAAACUCAGACUCCGUCUAACUCGCCAAUUCCCACUCAGGAGACGUCCACGCUACACGUCGACACUGUAUCACCUAACGAUCAAUUAACCAGCAGCUCAAACAAAAGUAAGCAAGUGUUAAUGUUUAAGGAUUUGCCAGGUCCGUCAAAAGAAACAUCGAGAUCUUCAAAGUAUUCAGAAGAUCUGGAGUUAGACGCCGAUGUAUUAGAAGAUGUGCUAUUUUACGUCGGUGAGAUGGGGCUUUACCAAAAACUGAUGUUCCUUUCGAUGAUGCUUUUUACUACAUUCGCUUCAUGGGUCUAUUUAGUACAAAUAUUUAUAACUGUUACACCAUCGAAAUACUGGUGCAAAGUCUCUAAAUUAGCCAGCUUAAGUAUGGAAUUGAGGCGGAACUUGUCUGCACCUGGCGCUGCUACAGGCGAUUGGGACAAGUGCCAUACCUUUGACAUCGACUGGGAUCAAGUACUACAGACUUUAACACCGCCGCCACCACAAACACCUAAGAUUCCAUGCCCAGAUGGGUGGGAGUUUGAAUUCACCGAUAUACCCUAUGAAACUGUAGUGUCUGAGAGAGGAUGGGUGUGCAACCGUGCAACUUAUGCACCUACUGCGCAGUCAAUUUUCUUCAUCGGAUCAUUAACAGGUGGUGUAGUCUUUGGAUGGAUUGCUGACAAUUUAGGUCGUAUACCAGCCCUGAUAGGAUCUAACUUGAUCGGCGCCAUCGGUGGAAUAACAACGAUCUAUACAAGUGGAUUGUGGGACUUCAUCUUUUGCCGAUUUCUGGUCGGUAUGUCGUACGACAACUGCUUCAUGAUCGCAUAUAUUUUAAUUCUAGAAUACGUCGGACCCGGACAUCGAACUUGGGUAGCGAAUAUGCCUGUUGCAAUAUUCGGUGGUGCGGCCAGUGUGUGUCUUCCGUGGUUAGCGUAUUUUGUCGCUGAUUGGCGUGUUGUCCUGUGGAUUACGUCCCUACCCAUGCUAACCGUCAUUGCUUCUCCAUGGUUUUUGCCAGAGAGUGUGAGGUGGUUAGUAAGCCGCGGUCGCAUCGACGAUGCUGUAAAAGUGGUACGAAGGUUCGAGAGGGUCAAUAGAAGUCAUGUACCAGAUCACGUAAUGGAUACCUUUAUUGCUACUUCAAAGAAACUAUCCACGCGAAAGAUGGAGUCAUUGUACAGUCUAUUCCAGAGCAUGCUGCUGCGCACAACAAUGAUCUACAUGGUGGUGGUGUACAGUUCGAACGCUGUUAUAUACGAUACCUUAGUGCGGAUCAUUGAAGUCUUAGGGCUAGACUUCUUUGUCACGUUCACCCUUAACGAGGCUAUUGAAAUUCCCUCUGUACUAGUCCUUACUCUUUUACUUGACAGACUGGGCCGAAGAAUUCUCACUGGAGGUUCGCUCUUGGUGGGUAGUGUUGUUCUGUUCAUCGCAACAGCAGUUCCUAAAGGUCCGUACCGGGUCGCACUGGGGGUCUUGGCAAGAUUUCUAAUAAAUCUGGCCUUCACAGUAUUGUGUCAGUGGGGAACAGAGAUAUUGCCCACACCCUUUCGAGGUUCUGGGUCUUCCAUGUUGCAUAUGAGUGGAUUCGCCUUUAGUUUAAUAUCACCUUUUAUUGUACUGUCGGCACUGGAUUGGCCCCCACUACCCCUACUUAUCGUGAGCGUGUGGUCAAUAAUCACAGCAUCACUCAGCGUAUUACUACCAGAGACAAAAGGUCAAGAAAUGCCUCAAACAAUUACCGACGCUGAGAAGAUCAUCAUGAACGAGUCACUAUGCAAGCAACCCGAAGUACAGCAGUUUAAGAGAGCGCUAAGCAAAGUAGUGAGCACCACAGUUAAUGAUACUGUAAGCCGAGAUCCUGAAGGCCGCAUCAGCCGUCUAAGACUAUCUGUUUCUGGCAUUGGACGCUAG